AUGGAUAUUACCUUGAGCGAGGACUCUGUUACCACAGAUCCGACUGUAGCGCGAGUCUACGCCAAUGCAAGUUUAGAUAGAUCUCCAGAAUAUUAUGACUAUGACAAAUUACAAGUCAAUUGGGGUAAUCAAGACGAUUAUGAAAUAUGUAGAAAAGUCGGCCGAGGAAAAUAUUCUGAAGUGUUUGAGGGUAGACAUACACCUACUCACAUUCGAGUCGUUAUCAAAGUAUUGAAGCCUGUAAAGAAAAAAAAGAUCAAGCGAGAAAUCAAAAUUCUUCAAAAUUUGGCGGGCGGCACCAAUAUUGUAGAGUUGUUGGACAUUGUGCGAGAUCCUCAGUCUAAAACGCCCUCAUUGAUAUUUGAGCAUGUAAACAACAUGGAAUUCAAGAUGCUCUAUCCUCGAUUCACAGACUACGAUGUUCGAUUUUAUAUGCUGGAAUUACUAAAGGCAUUGGAGUAUAGCCAUUCACAUGGUAUUAUGCAUCGCGAUGUGAAGCCUCAUAAUGUCAUGAUAGACCACGAGCAUCGCAAGUUGCGCCUGAUUGAUUGGGGAUUGGCUGAUUUCUAUCUGCCUAAAACUGAAUACAAUGUGCGUGUUGCAUCUCGUUGUUACAAAGGACCCGAAUUGCUAGUGGAUCUAAAAUUGUACGAUUAUAGCCUGGAUUUAUGGAGUUUUGGGGCCAUGUUGGCUGGUAUGGUGUUUCGAAAAGACCCCUUUUUCAAUGGACAAGAUAACUACGAUCAACUGGUUGUCAUAACAAAAGUGCUCGGCACAAAUGCACUGUACGCUUAUUUGAAAAAAUACAAGCUUACGUUAAGUCGGCAAUACGAUGGACUCAUCAAACCAUGUAAGCCUUUACCAUGGUCGAAAUUCAUUGGGCCCCACAACAAACGGUACAUGUCGAGCGAAUUGUUUGACUUCCUGGAUAAGUUACUUAGAUAUGACCAUCAAGAGAGGCUAACAGCGCAAGAAGCCAUGGCGCAUCCUUACUUUGACCUUGUCAAGGAAAAGAAAGGCUAUCAAAACAUUUAA